AUGCAAUCAUUAUCCUAUUUUACAUUUCUUAUUGUUAUUAUUUUAUUCGCAUUUUCAACAGUUCAAUCGAAAAAAGCUGUCGACGAAACACAUUGUGAAGUAUGUAUUAAAACGAUCGGUACAUUUUUCGAAUCAUUAACAAAUGAUGAAAAAGUAAAUCCUGAAAAAAUAGAAAAAGGAUUCAAAAAAUAUUGUAGUAAAACGAAAGUUGAUUCAAAAGAACAUCGAUUGUGUUAUUAUAUUGGUGCAUUAGAAACAUCUGCGACCUAUGCUAUAGGCGAUUUAUCGAAGCCAUUAUCAUGGGGUAUACCAAUCGAAAAAGUCUGUCGCGAAAGACUUUCAAAAACAAAUCCACAAAUAUGUGAUCUCAAAUAUGAAAAACAAAUUGAUGUGAAUGCAGUGGAUUUAAAUAAAUUAAAAGUGAAAGAUUUAAAAAAGAUCUUAAGCGAUUGGGGUGAAAGUGUUGAUUUUAUUGAAAAAUCAGAAUUUAUUAAACGUAUCAAUGAAGUUAAAGAUAAAUACGUUAAACCGGCAGUAGAUACAAAUAAAAAAGACUUGUGA